AUGCAAGGGAUGCUAAAGCAUACUGGGCUCUAUCCAUCUCCUGUGAGGAACUGGGAGUUUGUGAAAUUCAGGAAUCUUUUCUCACCUCAGUUUCCCUCAUUUGCUCCAGAGCCCACAGCCUGUUCCUCCUCAGUAAAGAUGCAGCAACUCACUUGUAAUUCUCCUCCGGAAAAGGACGAAGAAACGCCAGAGGGAGAGUGGCCCUCGAAUGUGAAAACUGAGCACACCCAGCAUGAGCCCGAGAACAGCAACUCGGACUGUGUCCCCUGGAAGCUUCCAGCACUGAGUUCUCCUAGCUUCGUGAGGAAAGCAGAACCAUCCUGCCCAGAAAUGCAGCCACAACCCAUGGAGGCCUCUCCUCAGCACCCCUUGAGGAGCCUGUCAAAACAGCACUGUGAGAGCCAGGGGAAUCUUCUCCAGUUUGACCGGCAAGCCCUGGGCCGCAUUUCUACCUCUCCCACUUUGAGGAGGUUGAGGGGCAGUGGCUGGGGGACCCUGGGCUCACUGCUGCAGCGAGAUGCCUUAGACAUACGCACCUGGGGAAGCCACAGGGAGCCUGCAGACUCCCCAGACUACCUUUCUAAGAGUCUAUCUGGAAAUCCAAAGCCCAGCCCAAGGUUGCUUUCCACCCCUGAGAGCACCCUCAGCACUGCUGACUCCAUCAAGCCCCAAGCCAAGCCCUCUGAGGAGUGUGUCCUGCCCAUGCUUCAGACCAUCAGUGAGCGGCCGCUUCUCCAGGCUUCUCUCCAAGGGCAAGAAGACCACUCACUGCUCAGCCUCACCCCACUGCACCCAAGUCCUCAGGGAGAAAAAAAGCAUCAAUCCAGGUUCUAUGAGCACAGGCGGAGUUCUGUGGUGCUGAACUUACCUGGACUUGAGGUGUUCCCUGGGGACCUUUUGGUGUCAGAUGGAGCUGCUGAUUACCUGUGCCACCCACUUCUGCUGCUGAAUUCAGAAUCCAAAAAACCAAGAUGGCCCUUCUCCAAAAGAGGAUUGAGCAAAGACAAAAACAAGCACAUAUCCGAUCUGGAAAACUGCCUCUCCUCUGUGACGAUUACAGACUUCAGGGCCUAUGAGUUCUUCAGCUAUAAGGAUAAGACCUGGAAUGAAGUCAUGGAAACACAUCAGAAUCUUCCUAAUGAUCAAUUAGACCCGAGAAAGCAGCAAGAGGCUGUGUGGGAACUAUUCACGAGUGAAUGCACUUACUUCUUGGACCACUUAUUAGUCCUUAAGAUGAUCUUUAUGAAUACACUAAAAUAUCUGCAAAUUCAUGAUUAUCUCCUGGAUGUGAAUUUAUGGAGACUUUUUGCAAACCUGGAGGAGUUAACUCAGACAAGCCUGGGUUUUGUGAAUAGUCUUUUUGGCGUCAUGAAGGACUAUCUAGAUGCUGCUGAGACUUCACCAUCAGUGGAUUUCAUUUCUGUGCUCACAAAGUAUUUCCGAGGCAGCCUCUGUCAGAGCCACCAGACCUACUGCCUGAAUUACUCGGCUGCCAUCUUUUAUCUUGAGAGCCUGCGGCAGAGAGAUGACUUCGGAAUUUAUUUAAAAUGGUGUGAGCAAAAUGAACAAUGCAGACGGCUGCACCUGCCUGAGCUACUAGUGGCCCCACUGCACAGGCUGACUCGAUAUCCCUUGUUGCUGAAGAAUAUCUGGAAGAGAAGUACAGACCCUACUGAGAAAAUCAUGAUCUACUCCAUCAAAGAAAAAGUGGAAAAGUCAAUCCGGGAUCUUGAAGGAAAAGUGAAGUGGCUUGACAAUUACCAAAAAUUUAGACAACUACAGGAGAUCAUAGUGUGGCCCCCACUUUGGGAUAGAGAUAAAAGAUUUUUCAUUCCAGAGUGUCUGAAACACAUUUUUAAAGAACACAUGGCAGAAAACAUCUUGUCACCAACCAACAGACACCUUAUCUAUGAAGGAAAAUUAACUCUGGCAGAAAGCACGAGAUUCCUGGAUGUUUAUCUGUUUCUCUUUGAUGAUUUCCUCUUAGUUACGAAAACCAAGCGCAACAAAAAGAAACUUGGAGGCUUGGAUACUGGUUUAGUGUGUCCUUCACUUACUCCUGAACUGCAAACAGUUAUAAAAGAGGGUGGCUCAUGUACAGUACUUGAUCAGCCCAUUCCACUAGACAGAUUGGUGGUCAAAAGUAUCGAUCCACUCCACAUGUCAGUCUUUGGGCUGAGAAAUGCUUUUCUUAUACAACAUGAAAACAGAUACCGACAGUGUAUAGCAGCAUUCGUAUUACAAGCUCAAACGGAAAACAUCAAAAAAACAUGGAUGGCACAAAUAACAGCAGCAGUCUCUUCCUUUACCAAGAGUCAGGAAACCAAGAAAAUACCUCUGUGCACAUUGCCUUCAGAAUCCUCUGAAAUUUAAGGAAUGAAAACAAGUGACAUACCUUUUUAGAGAGUAGGGCUUAAGUUAUUCUUUCAUUUGAGCUUCUAUUAACACUCACCUAGUGAUGAACUAGAAGGAAAUGUGCAUUUUAAAGGAGUUCCAGAAUUUGAGAAUUUGAGCAAAGAAAGUCCUCAGUGUAGAGGAAUAAUGACUGCAACAAAUUUGAACUUUGAGGAAUUUCUUGACAAAUAUCUAUAGUCAGCCCUCCAUAUUCAUGGGUUCUGCAUCCAUGAAUUCAACAAACCCUGGAUGGAAAAAUAAUAAAUUGCAUCUGUACUGAACAUGUACAGUCUACAG